GAUAUGAUAGGCAAGGCAAAAAAAUCCAACCUGAUCUACCUACUAAAUGCCCCCAUUGUCAAACUUCUAUUAAUAAAACUGAAAUGGAUAUAGUUGAAGAAAAAAGUAAUUCCCAAGAAACUACUUGA